AUGCCAUUUGAGUUUGCGCACGUCUGCGAACUAUUACAGGAACUCGAUCGGCAAAAAUACCAGCAACGUGCUACGUAUGCGAAAUGGGACGAUCCCAGUCAUCGCGUUGUCGCAGUCUGGUACAGCAAAUACACCGAUCAAAUUAGCAGAAAUGGGGUGUCAGCUAUUGCUCUUCUUUCCACCCUAUUGCCGGAGCGAAGGAAUGACCGCACAUAUGACUUGCAGGAAGAGCGGUUGAGUAAAAUAUUUGCACGCGAGCUAGGACUAGGCGCCACUCGCCUGAAGUCACUCAAUGGAUGGAGGAACAGAGAUGGCCCCGAUUUUGCUACUUGCGUGGAGCGCGUUAUGGCAGAAUCGGAGUUCGAACCACCACGUCCUGGCGAGCAAGUAAGUGUCGAAGAAAUCGAUCUUGCCUUGACAAGGGUCGCCGCGAAUAUGGUCUCCUCUGCCCCAGCGAUUAGAGCAAAUGCGGAUGGAGAGGCUGCUACCAAUAUCUUGAAACCGAUUAUUCGUCGACUUCAAAGCAACGAAGCGAAAUGGUUCGUGCGAAUGAUCCUCAAAUCCUAUAAACCCGUCGGGGUUCCUGAAUAUGCAGUGUUACAUGGGUUUCAUUUUAUGCUUCCCAAGUUACUCACUAUCCAGAAUUCUUUUGAGGCAGCAGUAAAGAUCAUCUCACGCCCAGAAGUUGCAAGACUUCCGUGCAGGCCAUCGAAGGACUAUGAGAUUGCGCUCUUUCCAUUCUUGUCCAAAGAGAUUGAGCCACAGCUUGGGAUUGUGGUGCGCAGGCAACCACUCGACAAGGCCAGAAGUAUCAAGCACUGCGUCAAAAUGGCGAACUCUAGAGUCAUGAGUAUCGAACGUAAAUACGACGGUGAGUACUGCCAGAUUCACGUUGACUUGUCCAAGAAGUCAAGAUGCGUCCAAAUAUUUGCGAAGAGUGGCAGAGACUCGACUCUCGACCGACUGAGUCUGCUCGGCCCCAUCAAAGCUGGGUUGAGAAUUGGUAAGGAAGACUGUAAAAUUAGACACAGAGCCAUUCUGGAAGGCGAGCUGCUUGUCUACUCGAGAGCACGACGAGAUAUAUUACCAUUCUACCAUGUCCGAAAGCACGUCCUGCAUGGUGGAAGGCGAAUAGGCACCGAAGCAGAUUCACCCAGAAAAGCAGGCGAGCAACUGAUGAUCGUAUUCUUCGAUGUCCUCAUGCUUGACGAGAAGGUACUAAUUAGCGAACCGCAUAGCCGACGUCGACAGUAUCUCAAAGGCAUGGUAUCUCCGCUUGCAGGCACCUCGAUGCUUGUUGAGAGAGCGCUGAUUGACUUUAAAAGUAGAAAGGCUCCAAUAGCUCUUCGCGAAGCAUUUGGAGCAGCCAUCCGGAAGAGGUGGGAGGGCUUUGUUCUCAAAGGAUUGGAAGAUCCAUAUUUCUCGUGGAAGGAAGGGACGAGAGCUAUUAAGCUGAAGAAGGACUACGUUGCUGGACUAGGUGAUACCGCCGAUAUGUGUAUUGUUGGUGGUAGAAGAGACAGCAGAGCUGAAGUUGGUGUGAACCUUGGUCCACGAUCAUGGACAUACUUCUAUAUCGCCUGUCUAGUCAACAAGGAAGACGUGCGCAGGUUCGACCAGAAGCCCAUCUUCAUGAUCGUCGAUCGCAUCGGUCCUGGCAAUCUCUCGCGAGACGACAUUAUUGCACUAAACGAGGAAGGCAAGCUUGUUAAAAAGGAGUUUGUGCUCGACUCUCAAUACAUGUCGAUCAAACAUCCGCGCAAGGACUUUCCCCCUCCAACAGACAUGUUCACUAAGCCUAUUGUAGUCGAGAUCAUGGGCGCAAGUUUCGAGAGACCACAAACCGUUGACUUCUAUGUGCUACGCUUCCCAAGAAGACUUGGCUCGAAACUCAAACUGCAUCGAGACCGCGAUGUGGUAGAUACUGUCAGCUUCGACGAGUUACAGGAACUAGCUCACCAAAGCCUGACGACGGACAAAGAGGCUGGUUCACAGGAGGACGCUGAAUGGAUUGAGAAAUUGAUCGCCGCGGACCCCCAGCAGAAGUACAUUGUCGAUCAAUCGCAAAGUACCAGCCCGUCAAAGACACCACGCAGCGCAACAACAAUAAGUUUAACCCCAGCCUCCUCUCGUCGUUCCAGUACGCAACCAUCUCCUGUAUUUGUUCGCGCUGACUCCGACGAGCUUACACAGGCGGAGUGGCAGGAACGAUAUGCAAGCAGCUGUCCUCAGACACCAAGUCGACAUUCAGAGUCAACUGCGACGCCUAGCACAGUCAGGACGACAUCAACGAUGAAGCGAACAUUGAGCUUGGAGGAUAGUCCGCUAUAUGGUGCUCCUUCCAAGAAAAGGCGGAUAGAGUUCAGUGAGACGAUCGUUUGGCACAAAGGUCUAGGCAAGCAACCGCGCGCGGAUAUAUCGGACACAAAUAUCAGUGUGUUCCCCGUAUACACUGAGUCAGCAAAUGUCUUCGGUAGUAGAUUGCCUCCAGUUCAGGAUCGUCGCAAGACCUUGUCGUCCACAGCCACCAACCUAAGUUUACCCACACCACCAUCUAGUGAAGAAACCAAGAGGGCCGAUCUCAAGAGCGUUAAGGACGAGAUACAAUCUACAGCCCAAUCACCAAGGCCCUCAUCCUCACCAUGUCCAUACGAAGUACUCAAAUCUAUCCUCAGACCAAUCGGCUGUGAGCCGUGUCCAGCUCGAAUACGAGGUCCAAUGUACGUGGCACCAUCAAUCUCUAAAGACGUCCGAUCAUGCGCUGAGAUCAAGACUUACUCCAGGAAAAGAAGCAUUGAUCUUACCUCCCGGAGCACGACAUUCAUCGAGAAUCUGAAGCUGGGAAAACAAGUGGACCGCCACAUCCGAAAGAAGCAUAUUGUGUUUAUUGAUUCGAAGCGUUCCAAGCAGGCUGUUUUUGAUUUACGACGUUUGAGCAGAAAGAUUAGUGGAAAAGGUUUGCAUGAUGAGUUUGAUGUUGGCACGAAGAGCGAAGUGCUUGUUUUCGAUUAUGAGGUAUUGAAGCAGGAAGGAUUUGUUGCGGGUGUUGAGCGAUACUGUAAUGACAUUGGGCUAGGAGAGUUGGAUAGAUUUUUCUGCGGCACGUUGGAAUAUUUGAUGAGGAGCGACAGAGCAGGCUAG